ACAUGUAAAUUUGCCCUUAACAUGGAAGAGGAAGAAAGGAGAGUGCCUCUGAAGUGUGGUGGAUGUAAGGAUAGAGUUAGUGAGCCAUACAUUGUUUGUGUGGGUUGUAAGCCGGCCAAGGUCCAGCUUUGUCUACAGUGCUUCUCUAAAGGUACAGAGUUUGGCUCGCAUCAGAGUGAUCAUGCAUACACAAUACUCAGAAAUGAUUUUGCAUUGUUUGAAAAUAACUGGACUGCUUUAGAGGAAACAGUGCUGUUGGAAACUUUAUCAGAUUGUGGUUAUGGGAACUGGUCAGAUGCUGCACAAAGACUUAGAACUAAAAACAAGGAAGAAUGCAAACGACAUUACAACAAGAGCUAUAUAAAUGACCCCAUACCUGUGCUGCCACAGUUCGGGGACUGGAGCCAGCAGGUGUAUCCACAGCCUCAGGUCUAUAAACUGUGUGACGAUCCCCCACGAUUCCCUGAUUCAUCAGUUCUACAGCAGGAGAUGGGAGGCUAUAUGGCAGCUCGGGGAGAUUUCAAUGUUGAGUACGACAAUUUCCAAGAACUGGAAAUUCAGUCAAUAUCCUUUGCUGGAGAGGAGGAGGGAAAUGAGCUGGAGGAGAGAUUGGAGUUGGCUGUGCUGGAUGUGUAUCUGCAUUGUUUGAAGCAGAGAGGAAAGAGAAAGAUGAUUGUUAGAAAGUAUGGUCUUAUAAAUUUUACCAAAGUCCAGGCCAGUAACCGUAUGUAUGACCAUAGUAUCACAGAUAUCAUCGAAAAAGUCAGAGUGUUCAUGCGUCUUUUCUCACCAUUGAAAUAUGACAAGUUUAUCAAGGGCAUACAUGUAGAAAAAGAACUUCAACUACAAAUCAGACGUUUGCAAGAAUGCAGGCAAAAUGGUAUUGUACAUAUGAGGAACACAAAUAUAUAUAAGUCUUUAAAGAAGCGGCGACAAGCAACAAAGAUGCAAAUUAACUUGUUAAGUGAGAUUCUUGUUCACAUGAAUGAUAACAAGGCCUGUCAGACGUGGUUACAGAGACAGGUGAUGUUAAACACCAUCUCUAAAGGUGUGUCUGCACAGCUUCCCAUGAUAGCACGUCGCUCAGCACCACCUCUCGACAUUGUCGGCAUGCCAGGCUAUGAUAAACUCACAGACUCCGAAAGGGAAAUGUGUGCAGGGAUUCGACUGGUUCCAGAUGCAUAUCUGGAAUUCCGGGCUGUCAUGUCAGCUGAAUGUGCUAAAGCUGGAAGCUUGAAACUAAGUCAUGCUCGAAACAUCAUCAAGAUUGAUGUAAACAAAACCAGGAGAUUGUAUGACUUCCUGUUGUCUGAGGGGCGCAUCAACAAAGAUCCCCUUUAGAGUUGUAUGACUUCCUGUUGUCCGAGGGGCGCAUCAACAAAGACCCCCUUUAGAGUUGUAUGACUUCCUGUUGUCUGAGGGGUGCAUCAGCAAAGAUCCCCUUUAGAGUUGUAUGACUUCCUGUUGUCUGAGGGGCGCAUCAACAAAAUCCCCUUUAGAGUUGUAUGACUUCCUGUUGUCUGAGGGGCGCAUCAACAAAGAUCCCCUUUAGAGUUGUAUGACUUCCUGUUGUCUGAGGGGCGCAUCAAAAAAGACCCACUUUAGAAUUGUAUGACUUCCUGUUGUCUGAGGGGCGCAUCAACAAAGACCCCCUUUUAGAGUUGUAUGACUUCCUGUUGUCUGAGGGGCGCUUCAACAAAGACCCACUUUAGAAUUGAACACAAAUUAUUUUUCGACCGAUCUCUUUGAAACUUGGUAUACAUUAUAAUCAUGAUAUGAAGUUGUGUCUCC